AUGUUAACCGCCAAGCCUAUCAGGAUUCUACUGUACAGAGUAUCCCGGAUCGCUACAAACCAACGAUGUAUGUCUAACACAUCAGGAAGUUUGCAAGUGGGUGAUCCUAUCCAACAGUCAUUUGUUGCUAAACUACGGGAGUAUCGUCAGAAGAGCGAAAAAUCUGAGUUCGGAUUGACGGAUGCUUCACCUAAAGAAAUAAAAGAGCUCAGUGAAAUGUUGACUAAGGUCGAUAGAAUUUACGGUGCGGAAGAAGAAGAUAUGACUCAGUUCCCCAUGUUCCAAUUCGAAGAUCCAAAGGUUGUCAUACCAGCAUCUUCUCUACAUGUUAAUUAUCCAAAAGAACUGGAGAAUGAUGUUGAAAAUACCUUGUAG